AUAAUUAGUGGUAUGGUGUCGCUAGUCUCUAGACUCUAGACUGACAUUACGACACACCAGCUUUUUUUAUAUGAUAGGAUCGAACGCGCACGCUGAUCAAGUGCAACAACUGGCAAAAUGAAGAUGGCGGACGGACCUACGAUCCUCAGAAGAAAUAGGCCCGGAACAAAAGCAAAGGACUUCUGCAGAUGGUCCGAUGAACCAUUCGAAGAAAUGGACAGUACGCUGGCUGUACAACAAUAUAUCCAACAGAUGAUUAGAAGAGAGCCAUCUAAUGUUGACUUGAUACUUAAAAUGCCAGAUUCACAAGACGAAGCUGUAUGGAAAUAUGAACAUCUCAGACAAUUUUGUAUGGAGCUUAAUGGUUUAACAGUGAGGCUGCAAGAAGAAUGUCAUCCAGAAACUUGUACGCAAAUGACAGCUACUGAGCAAUGGAUAUUUUUAUGUGCUGCACACAAAACACCCAAAGAGUGUCCAGCUAUUGAUUAUACCAGACAUACGCUUGAUGGUGCAGCUUGCUUGCUUAACAGCAAUAAGUACUUUCCCAGCAGGGUUAGUAUUAAGGAAUCGUCAGUUGCUAAACUUGGAUCUGUUAGUCGCAGAGUUUAUAGAAUCUUUUCUCAUGCAUACUACCAUCACAGAACAAUAUUUGAUGAAUUCGAGAAUGAGACAUUUUUAUGUCGCAGGUUUACCGCGUUUGUAACAAAAUAUAGCUUGAUGUCUAAGGAGAGUUUAAUAGUACCGAUAAUGGAAGAAGAGGAAACAACAGAAAGUGAAGCCUAGGACUUGAAUAUUUAUGUAUAUUGCCCAAAGUCGAUUUGUCAGAUUUAGAGAGAUCAUUGGCAUUGCUGAAAUACCUCUUGUAGUUCCGAAUGCGACAAGAGUAUUGAAAAUGGGUCAGUAAUUACUUCAUCUAAAAGGCAUUGUGAAUUUCCAAAUUUAUCACUAGAAUUUCUUGUUCUUUAUCAUAUUAAAAAUAAAAGUCAUUUUAAUACGAAUUGUACAAAGCAAAUUUUCAUGCUUAAUGAUCAUAUUUACAGAGUCUGUUUAUCAUUCAAAUGUUUAAGAUUUCAAAUAUAUAACAUAAUCGAAAACAUGAGCAAACUGUUACGUAAUCUUUUUAUACACAGUUACACUUUCCAUUCUGUAUUAGCAACUACACGUCGCUAUAAUAUUAAUUAACUCUUUUAUGCGUUUACAUUCUGAAUGUAAUAAAACAGUUUCAAAUUGUUUUGGAAACUGAACUUUAAUGUAUAUCACCUAUAUAAGUAUCGAAUACGUAACAAGAAAUUCAAGUUUCACUUUUCUCCUAUUAUUAUAUACUUUAUGCUUUUGUUUUUAUGUUGUAUAUUUCUGUAAAAAUACUUGAGUUUAUUUAAAUUAAUAAUUAUAGAUAAAUUCAGACAAACUUUGCUUGAAUGAAUUCAUUUCCGAUUCUCACUCUCAUGUUAAAUAAACGAAGAAGUACCUUAUUUUGAAUAAAUAAGUUAUAAUUAAAUUAAUAACUAAAUUUGUUGCAAGAUAUUUUCAUUGACUGAUUUUUAAUACAUUAAUAUAAAUAUAACUUCAAAUUUUGUUUGAAUAGUAUAAUUCACAAUGAGGGAAUAGAUUUAUCUAUUAAAAUAUAAAGAAUGCAUUGGUAUAAUGUAAUCAUAAUCGCAGUAGAAUAAACAUAUUAGAUAAACUGUUAUAUGGUAUAUUAAUGGCAGUGAUGGUAAUAAAUGUAGUAGUAUGCUUAGCUAUAUCAUAUUUAUUUCCCACGGUAACGAAUCUGAAACAUUCGUCUUCUUUUUACUUGUUGGUACAAGUUUAAAGAAGUUACAUUUUUAUUGCCCAAAGGGUUAGAUGUAAGAAAUGAUUACAGUCCUGCCGCGUUAUCGGGACAUUCGCAUUUUGAAAAAAAAAAAAACAUUGCCGAGAAAAGCAAUACCAAUGCAGGACGAUUAUCCACAUCACUGCCAAAUACACAAGCUCUAAAUAAGUAGUCUUCAUCAGCGGUUAAUGUAAAAUUAAAGGAAUCAAAUGUACUGUCGACAGUCUUUUGUUUCGAGCAAAGACAUUUUUGUAAGCUUGUAAGACUUUGAUACAAUGUUACUAAAGAACGAUCAGAAAAAUUGUAAAAUAAUCUGUCUCCCAGUUUCGCCAAUGAUGAACAACAGCGUAAUCUAAGACUUUCAAACGAUUUAACUUAUUGUUCGCGAAAACACAGUAGCGGUGCGACGGUCUUUUUUUUUUUUAUUUUAAGUUGCAAGUAAACUACCGCCGAAGGCACAGCAAUUUUCGUACUAUGUAUAUAAUUUAUAGUCGUUGUAGUUCGAGCAAGUUGUAAUACAACAUUUUCAACCUCAGGUUUUUUAUAUCAUAUUUAUCCUUCCUUCAUAUACUGAAAAGGACUUUAAAGUUAGGGGUUGAAAAGCGUUCCGAUAGUUUGCUUAGACUAUAACGAUUACGAGUUAUAAUUACUAUCGAGCGAGUCGUCGAUCUAACAUAGAAUUUCGUAUUAUUUAAUAUAAAUAAGUUCGAGAUGUUUGUGCACACCUAUCGUAAUAUUGUAUAUAUGGUUUGUAAAUAAGAAGUCGAAAAUGGUGCGUUCAUCAAAGGAGAGACCGAGACGACACGAAUAUAUCGUUAUACGAUUACUUCUGUAACGAAUGUGUAUGUACCGACAAAAAAUAAACUUUCUACUUGAUACGGA